GAGGCGGGGCCCUGGCGGCUGGAGGAGGUGGCGGUGGCAGUGACGGCGACAAGUCCCAGCCGGACCAAGUCUCCACUGUCCCCAGCAGCCUGGAAUGGGUAAUGGUGUGAAGGAAGGCGCGGUGCGUUUGCGUGAGGAUGCCGAGGCCAUCCUGUCCCCGCCCGUCUCUUCAAAGAGCGAUCACAGGCAAGUGCUCAGCUCCCUCUUGUCCGGGGCCCUGGCUGGCGCUCUUGCCAAAACGGCAGUAGCUCCCUUGGACCGAACCAAAAUCAUCUUCCAAGUGUCUUCAAAAAGAUUUUCUGCCAAGGAGGCUCUCCGGCUGCUCUACUUCACCUACCUCAACGAGGGCUUCCUCAGCCUGUGGCGUGGGAACUCGGCCACUAUGGUGCGCGUGGUGCCCUACGCUGCCAUCCAGUUCAGUGCGCACGAAGAGUACAAGCGAGUCCUGGGCCGCUACUACGGCUUCCACGGAGAAGCCCUGCCCCCUUGGCCUCGUCUCCUCGCAGGGGCACUUGCUGGAACCACAGCUGCUUCAAUUACCUACCCCCUGGACCUGGUCCGAGCCCGCAUGGCCGUGACCCCAAAGGAAAUGUACAGCAACAUCUUUCAAGUCUUCAUCCGCAUCUCCCGGGAGGAAGGGCUGAAGACCCUCUACCAUGGCUUCACGCCCACCGUGCUGGGGGUCAUCCCCUAUGCUGGGCUGAGCUUCUUCACAUAUGAGACACUCAAGAGCCUGCACAGAGAAUACAGCGGCCACCGGCAGCCCUACCCCUUCGAGCGCAUGAUCUUCGGGGCCUGCGCAGGCAUCAUAGGGCAGUCGGCCUCAUAUCCACUGGACGUGGUGCGUAGGCGCAUGCAGACAGCGGGCGUCACAGGCCACCCACACGCCUCCAUCGCCUGCACCCUGCGCGCCAUUGUGCGAGAGGAGGGCGCAGUACGUGGCCUCUACAAGGGCCUGAGCAUGAACUGGCUCAAGGGCCCCAUCGCCGUGGGCAUCAGCUUCACCACCUUUGACCUCAUGCAGAUCCUACUGCGGCGCCUGCAGAGCUAGGGACUCGCACUUGGUGGCUCUCGAGAUAGGGAGCCCAGCUCCAGCACAGGGAGGACCGCUGACCCCUACUGUUUGGGAGACUGGGGAGUGAGGGGACACUUGGCCCUGCCCCAGAGCCACGUGGGAGCACCUUGUGGAACAAGCAGGUGGGCCAGGGGGCAUGGGAUUGGCGCCCAUGGGUCCACGGGAAAGCCGGAGGCCCUUGAAGUGCAGUGUUGGAGCAACUGAGCACCCCACCUUUCCUCUUCCUCCUCCGUGGGGCUGGCUCUGCCUCCCAGAGGUGGCCCCCCCACACCCUGACGCCAGAGUGACCAGCGCCAGCUCCUGGCACUCUGUGCCCUUGGACAUGCUCCUGGUUCUUGUGACUGUCCCCACUGGGCUCAGAGCCAGGCUCUGCCUGCCCCUUGUUGGCCCAGUCUGUGUGCGGAGCAGAGGAGCCAGAGAGUGGGAGAGGCCUGCCUUGCCUGUCCACGAAGGGACCAGCCUCCUACUCAGCUUUGGCUACAAAUGCAGCCUGUUACCCCUCCCCGCCCCCCACCACUGUCUUGCCUUUAUUUCCCAGGGGACAUGACUCCCCAGUUCCCAAAGCCUUCCGCUGGGGAGCAGCCUUCCCUGAGUGUUACCCUGGUCCUGACUCCAGGCCCUGGUGGGUCUGGAGCCAGUCUUCCCCGCUGCAGGGCACCCCACAGCCGCACCCAGAGGCGGGGCCUCGGGCCCUACCCCUUGGCCCACAGGCACCGGUCGGCUUUUGGGGGGACCCCCAGCAGCUGGCACAUCUUGGCUCCCCACCCGAGCGGGUGUUUGGCCUGGAUGUGGGGCUAUUUAAGGCCUACGGGGUUGUCUGAUUCCCAUGAACGGAAUGCAUGGAGGCAGCUGGCAGCCUUGAUCCUCCCCAGAUGGAAGCCUGUGUCAGUGUGGCCCGCGGUGGGCAGCUCAGGAGAGUCGAGGUACCACGGGACACCCCCAGGGAGCUGGUCUUACAGAGAAGUUCCUGGGUCCCCUCUGUGUCACAGGGACUCAGAAACACCCAUUCCCUAAUGAUGUUUGGAGAUUCUUGACUAUGGUUUUAAAAUUUGGCCGACCCUGUGCCUAACCAGCGCAAUCUGGUUUCAGGACAAGGUUGGCUCAGCCCUACAGUGUGUAAAAUGACCUGUGUGCUUGCCUCACACGCGUUUCCCGUCACGACUCUGAUUUCUUUGUUCAGUUCCACGUCUCUUCUUGCCUUGGGCCCGCGGGGCGCCCUUGCCUGCAUGUGCCCGCCGGCCAGCCCCAGCGUCAUUCCCAGCCUCUUGCCCCAGGGGCUCGAGCAGCCUGUGAUGCUCUCCCAUUGCGUGUCUUACCGCUGCCCGGUGCCCGGGAGAGGCAGGGGCAUGCCUCACAGGGGGCAGGAUGGAGGCCCCAGGCCCCGGGCCCGAGAGAGAGCACCAGGAACUAGGGCCCACCCCAGGCGGGUGAGGCCAGGUGGCUGGUUGGGCAGCACCCUCCUCUGAGCUGCAGGCUGGGCGGCAGCAGGAGGGUCCUGCUGGCCCUUGUGCCUCCCCGAGGUGGCUCCCAGCUCCUAGGCCUCUCCCGCGCCAUCACCACUCUCCCAACCCCCGCACAGGGCCGGACCGGCACCCUCCGCGGCCACACCCCUCCCCACCGGCUGCCUGUCCUGGUCUGGAGUUAUUUUGAUGCCAUGAAGACACUUUGUUUAUAUAUAAUGUUUAUAUAUUUUAAAGAUUUGUGCCAAGAGAGUAUAUUUAAUAAAAAUUAAAAUGACUUU